GGCUAUGCAAGUUUCACCCUUACACUCUUUUUAACUGCUGGAACGAAUUAUUUUAUGAUGCAAAUUCUAUUCCUCAUUUAAGGCGUAUGCGCAGAGAAUUGAAAUGGCUAUGACGAUUGGAGGCGUAUGUGGCCUGUUAAAGCCUCCACUCGUCGCUUGGCAUCAUGCCACACGGAAUAACACUUAUUUAUGUACCCAAAGUAGGAGAGCUUCUCAACCUUAUCCUAAUCUUAGGAGGAGGAGGCAACUGCAGCAGUCAUGGAGAGUUACUAACAGUAGUAUUAAUGCCCACUCGAAAGAAGAAGCAGCAAGGCUCAUUUGGAGAGCUGUUAAGCUUCCAAUCUACUCUGUGGCCUUAGUUCCUCUCACGGUUGGGAGUGCCACUGCUUAUCUGCAAAUGCGUACUUUUGAUGCUGGGCGUUUUUGUUUGUUUCUAUUUUCAUCUGUUCUCAUCAUUAUGUGGCUCAAUCUAAGCAAUGAUGUGUACGACUUUGACACUGGAGCUGACAAGGAUAAAAAGGAGUCAGUUGUUAACAUUACUGGAAGCCGUUCUGGAGUUCUUUAUAUGGCAUAUAUUUGCCUAGUCAUUGGCUGUGGUGGACUUUUAUGGGGAAGUAUGCAAGCAGGGGAUGGUCGAGUUUUUUCUUUAUUAGCUAGCGCAAUUCUAUGUGGUUAUGUCUAUCAGUGUCCUCCUUGUCGAUUAUCCUAUCUUGGGUUGGGAGAACCAUUGUGCUUUGCAGCUUUCGGGCCUCUAGCUACCAGCGCAUUCUAUUUUAGCCAGUCAAGUAAAAGUCAAACAGGUAGUCUUCCCUUCAGUAUCACAGUGUUGUGUGUAUCAAUUCUUAUUGGCAUAACAACUACAUUGAUCCUCUUCUGCAGCCAUUUCCAUCAGAUUGAUGGAGAUCGGGAAGUGGGCAAAAUGUCUCCUCUGGUCAGAAUGGGUACAGAGAGAGGAUCUGUAGUUGUAAAAUACGGUGUAGUAUCUCUCUAUUUGCUUUUACUUGCAUUCGUUGCAUCGAAGGCUCUUCCCUUACCUUGUCUUUUCUUCCCAUCGUUAACUCUGCCAGUUGGGAAGUUGGUUAUUGACUUUGUUCAAGAAAAUCACAAUGACAAAGAAACGGUAUUUAUGGCAAAAUAUUACUGCGUAAGGUUGCACGCUUUAUUUGGGGCAGCCCUGGCUCUUGGACUCUUUUCUGCCAGAACCAUCCGACUUUAAAAACAAUUCAUUCAUUUCCUGAAAGAAGCUUUCUGAAUGGAUGGUAAUGUCAAGCCGGGGACAAGGAUGGAUGGGCAUUGGGGUUCAAUUCUCAUCUCUCUUUCUUCCAUAACAGCAACAAGACCGUGGUGCAAUGUUGUGUAUUUUAGACAAUCAACCGCAACUACAUUUUGACCACAGAUUGCCUUUUUGGUACAGAUAUGUUAUGAUUUCCCUCGUUUGAUCUAUCACUCCAAAUGUUUUCCUUUGUUUCCCACAAUUCGUCGAGGGUUGGCUGGGUGAUCUAAUCAGACAUGCGAGUACUUCCACUAAACUGUAACAUCUAUGCUCUAAAAGUUGAGUUAGUUUAAUGCUUUCAUGGUUGUAAAGGAAAAUAAACUCUCUGUAAAUGUAUUAUUUUGAAUUAAUUUUAGUAAUAAUUUCACAAAUUAAUCUAGAUAAUAAACUAUGGGCAUGUAUAUUUGGGAUGGUAAAUAUUAAAUGUUAAUUAGUAGUUA